CGAAGAAGAUGCCGCUGUUUCUCACUCUUCUCCUCCUUAUGCUGUUGCUUCUUCUCCUCUCCAUUCUCUUCUUCGUCUUCAAGCCAUGGCGCUUUUUUCUCCCUCUUUCCUCCUCCUCUUUCCCCUCCUCCUCCACCUCCAUCAAGGCUAGUGAGCUGGAGAGGCCUCUUCUUUCAGCUGAUGACAUUCAGGUUUCACAUAAUCAGACCAAUGAAUUUCCCUUAGAUUAUGAUCCUGAAGGUGCUUGCUCUCCCAACCAACUUCAUUUUCGCGUCCCACAAGACGAUUCACUUGUUCAAAAGCAAAUUUCUCUUCCCUCUAAUGUGCCUCUAGGUGAUAGCUUGGUUUUAGAUGUAAUUCAUGAUCAUUUGGAAGAUGUUGAUGCUACUGGUCAAACACUUGUAUUUCCCCCAGCUCAAUUUGUUGAAACUCCAAAGCAUAGAAGAUCGAACUUUGAAAGUGACAGACUGAAAGACUUUUUGCAAGGAGAUAUCUCUGAUCAAAGAAGUUGCCUCACGCUGGAGGUUAAUGAUGGUCCUUCUCGUGGACUUCGUUGUUCUGUACAGUCAACAAAUACCUCUCGUCUACCACUAACCUUGGGAAGAGUUUCUCCAAGUGAUUUGUUGCUAAAUGAUUCAGAAGUGUCAGGAAAGCAUGCUCAAAUAAACUGGAAUGUGGAUAAAAUGAGGUGGGAAUUGGUAGAUAUGGGUAGCUUAAAUGGAACACAGUUAAAUUCUCAGCCAAUCAACAAUCCAAAGACUGGAAGCAGGCAUUGGAGUGAUCCGGUGGAUCUUGCUAAUGGAGAUAUCAUAACUCUUGGAACAACAUCAAAAGCAAUUGUUCAUAUUACUAAGCAAAAUCAGCAGCAUAUUCCCUUUGGGGUGGGUAUGGCAUCAGAUCCAAUGGCUUUGCGUCGAGGAGGCAAAAAGCUGCCUAUGCAGGAUGUUUGCUAUUAUGAAUGGCCUCUGCCUGGGUUGGAUCAGUUUGGAGUGUUUGGCAUUUGCGAUGGGCAUGGUGGAGAUGGGGCUGCCAAAUCUGCUAGCAGACUUUUUCCUGAGAUAAUUGGCAAUUUAUUAUCAAAUUCAUUAGCACGAGAGAGGGUUUUGUCACUUCGUGAUGCUUCAGAAAUUCUUCGAGAUGCAUUUGCUCAAACAGAAGCAGGCAUGAAUCACGAUUGUGAGGGAUGCACAGCAACAGUGCUUCUGGUGUGGGUUGACGGUGAUAAAAAUCUUUUUGCACAAUGUGCGAAUGUUGGAGACUCCACCUGUAUCUUAUGUGUUGAUGGCAAACACAUUAAGAUGACAGAAGAUCAUAAGGUAGCUAAUCAUUCGGAAAGACUUCGAAUUGAAGAGACAGGAGAUCCAUUGAAAAAUGGGGAGAAACGUCUACAUGGUAUGAAUCUUGCGAGGAUGCUUGGGGACAAGUUCCUGAAACAGCAGGAUUCACGGUUUAGUUCAGAGCCUUAUAUAAGUCAAGUCAUGCAUAUUGAUAAAGCAUGCAGACCGUUCGCCAUUCUUGCUAGUGACGGGUUAUGGGAUGUGAUCAGCAUGAAGAAGGCAACUGAACUAGUUCUUCAGAUGAGGGAGAGAUAUGCAACGGAUAGAGAGAGAUUUGCAGAAAGAAUUGCAAAUUCCUUGUUGAAUGAGGCUAAAACACAAAGAACAAAGGAUAAUACCUGUGUAAUUUUCUUAGAUUUUGAUACUUGUAGAGUUGAAUCAUAGUGUGAAUUAUAAAUAGUGUUAUAGCAAUAGUCUUAUAUCAUUUUUGUCCCCGGAACAUGUUUCCUUCUCGGUUCUACACAAGCUUAUCGCAUAGAAAUAAAAAAAGUUAGGUUGCUAUGGAUUCAAGUUGGUAUACUUCAAUCAGAACUAAGUAUGAACAAGGUACGAAGUUGUUUUAAAAAUUAGGAUGUAUGGAAUGAUACAUUGCAGAGAAAUACAAAAAUCAUAAAUAAAAAAAUGUCGUCAAAUUGUGUUGUUAACAAAAAAUAGAUUUGCCCUUUUU